AUGUUGCAGUUUAACAGUCAGCAAGAGUUUCUUUUCCUAAAACAUAAAGGCAGAGAGAUGGAAGCACCGAACAUCCUUCUGCGGCCCAGCAAGGGGAAGGAAAAGGAAGUCGUUCAUGUAGACAAGCAGAGUGGUACCUCUGCCACCACUGCCUUGAACACCCAGCCCCUGCUCCAACUAGGACCUGAAGGGAAUUACAACUAUUAUGUGGAUGAUGAAGAUGAGGAAGAUGAAGAGAAAGAAGAAGGAAAUUGGCAACAUGAAGAUGCAUUUAAGGGCGAAAGCAAGGCCUCAUCGUUUAUUCCUUGUUCUCCUGCUCUUUCCUCUAGAUCCCCAGCCACAUCAUCUACUCCAUCCGUGCUGAACAUCAAUGUUGGUGGCCAGAGUUACCGCCUCACCUACCAGGCAGUGGCCAUCUACCCCAAGACGCGCCUGGGCCGCCUGGCUACCUCCACUGACCGCCGCUGCCAGCUGGGCCUGUGCGACGACUACGCUGCCCAGGUGGACGAGUACUUCUUUGACCGGGACCCAGCUGUCUUCCAGCUGGUGUACAAUUUCUAUGCCUCGGGGGUGCUGCGGGUGAGGGACGAGCUGUGCCCCCGCAGCUUCCUGGAGGAGCUGAGCUACUGGGGCGUGCGCCUCAAAUACACACCCCGCUGCUGCCGCAUCUGCUUCGAGGAGCGCCGCGACGAGCUGAGCGAGCAGCUGAAGGUGCAGCGGGAGCUGCGCUCCCAGGCAGAGGCUGAGGAGAAUGAGCAGCUCUUCCGCCACAUGCGCUACUACGGGCCCCAGCGCUGGCGCCUCUGGAACCUCAUGGAGAAGCCCUUCUCCUCUGUCACCGCCAAAGUGAUGGCAGUGGCCUCCAGCUUCUUUGUGCUUAUCUCCGUGGUGGCCCUGGCACUCAACACAGUAGAGGAGAUGCAGCAGGUAGACUGGAAGAGUGGGGAUAGCCGGCCUGUCUUGGAGCAUGUGGAGACCUUGUGCAUUGCAUUCUUCACAUUGGAGUACCUGCUGCGCUUGGUCUCUACCCCAGACCUGCGCCGCUUUGCCAGCAGUGCCCUCAAUGCAGUAGACCUCAUUGCCAUCCUGCCCCUCUAUCUGCAGCUGCUGCUUGAAUGCUUUACUGACGAUGACCAGCCCCGGGGUCGGGGCUCCCAACACGAGCACGAUAUCGAGAAGGUAGGGCGAGUGAGCAAGGUAGGACAAGUGCUUCGCAUCAUGCGCCUCAUGCGCAUCUUCCGCAUCCUCAAGCUGGCCCGCCACUCCACAGGGCUGCGUGCCUUCGGCUUUACCUUGCGCCAGUGCUACCAGCAGGUGGGCUGCCUUUUGCUCUUCAUUGCUAUGGGCAUCUUUGCCUUCUCUGCCAUGGUCUACACAGUGGAGCACGAUGUCUCCAGUACCAACUUCACCAGCAUUCCCCAUGCCUGGUGGUGGGCUGCCGUCAGCAUCUCUACAGUGGGAUAUGGAGAUAUGUGUCCAGAAACGCACCUUGGACGCCUUUUUGCUUUCCUCUGCAUUGCUUUUGGAAUAAUCCUGAAUGGCAUGCCCAUCUCCAUCCUCUACAAUAAGUUCUCAGACUAUUACAGCAAGCUGAAGGCCUAUGAGUACACAGCUCUCAAGAAAGAAAGAGGGAAGGUCGACUUCACACGGAGAGCUAUGAGGAAAAUAUCUGAGUGCUGCGGAGAAGGUGCACCCCACCCUUUGUCACAGCAAUGAUAGUUUGUGCUUCUUUGGAUAUGGGGAGGCAACCAAGAAGCAGGAGAAGAAAAGGGAAAAACAAAGCAGCCAAAAGAUAAA